AGCGUUCAGUGUUAAGUGCAGUGCGCACGAGUCGCGCGCUUACGUUGCUCCCGCGAGUUAUAUGGCAGCGGCCAGGCCGUACGGCCUACGGUGCGCCACUAGCCGUAGCAGAUGUACCAACCAGGGCUGGACAUUAAAAUCAACAUGCGACUGCAUAAAAACGCAGCUAUGCACGAUAUCAGUGUCGCUAACCCUAUUCAACUCGGCCCGACUGCCCCGAGAAGCGUUCAGGUACGGAGCAGUUCCGUACCUGGUGAUCUACUCGUUCUGGCUGCUCGUGGUUGGUCUGCCAGCGGUGUUACUACAGCUGGCCAUGGGACAACUGAGCCAGCAAGAUCCUGUGGGUGUUUGGAGGGCUGUUCCGAUAUUGAGAGGUGUCGGCCAUUUAAAAGUGAUGACGUCAUUCCUGUGCUGCGUGUAUACGGUGAUGUAUGUGGCCCUAUCGCUGGCCUACUUGAUAUGGAUCGGGAAGGGCUCGUUCCCUUUGAAGGACUGCACUCGCCUCCAUAUUACUCCGCGCGGCUAUGAAAACAAGAUGAACGCGUCGGAAUGUUUUCAUUCAACGUUCCUGGCCCCAUUCACCGAGUACCCGCAGUAUUUGGGCAUAAUGGCGAUCCUAAUAUUUGUUUUAUGGUUUUUCGUGCCCAUCUUAUUGUACCGCCUACGAAAGUCGCUAAAAUCGUCGCUGAACAUCAUUGGGCCAAUUAUAAUCAUUAUCGCAGUAGUGCUGUGUACAUUUCUGGCCAGCACUGAAUCCUUGGACUCUAUGUUCGCGUCCUGCGAGCGAUGGACGCCGAUAUACCAGGCGUACAUUUGGCACAGCGCGAUGGUGCAGGCGCUACUGUCCACGCAACUGAUGAGCGGGUUCCAUAUAAGCGGUGGAGGAACCAUUUACAGGCAUUCUGAUGUGCGAUGGACAUCCAUGUCAAUAAUAACAACAAAUCUCAUCGCGAGCUGGGUCUGGGUGUUGAUAUGGGAGUCGAUCGGCGGCACCGGUCGCAAGGACACCAGCUUCGCAGCCAUCCUGGUGUUGAUCUACCAGUCAAGUGUGUCGGAGAAAAGGAGCAAGGAGUGGCCCCUUUUUGGUUACGGAAUUGUUUUUCUUUCUGGCAUUAUCACAGUGCUAACCCUACUCUUCCCUGUAUACGACAAGCUCCAUCGCAUCGCCGGCGACCACUGGCGGCUCUUCGCUGCAACACUGUCAGCCAUUGGCACAGCCUUCACGGUAGCUGUUCUGACGAGGGGUGUGGAAGUGGCUAGCGUGUUGGACGAGCUGGCCAUGCCGGUGCUUGCCGUGUUCACUACCGCCAGUGAGGUGGUUGGAUUCGUGUUCAUUUAUGGUUGGUUCUACCUAUCAGUGGACAUAGAAUUCUUGACAGGCAAUAAGUUGCCGUGGUUCUGGGCGUUCUCCUGGUGGACCAUACCUGUUCUUCUCAUUGGAGUCACUGGAUGGUGGCUGCGGACCCUUAUAAGGGCCACUUGGGGCCAGGAACAGAUGCUGUGGCCCUUGGUCGGGGUGUUCAUCGGAAUAUUGGUCAUGAUGAUCGUCAUGGCGGCAGUGGCUGUAGCGAAAGAGGAGCAGUUUAAUUUGGCAUCGAAAAUCACAUCAGCAUUCAGUUCAUCUCGACUAUGGGGCCCCGAAGAACCAAUGGCGAGAUACGUCUGGAUGUCCCAACGUUACGCCAAUGAGAUCCAGAGCUCCAACGACGCCCAUUCCGAACCGAUCAACUACUCGCAAAUCGUAUUCAAAACAAACAACGAAAAAAACGAUAACUGGAUCAAACCCACAGAAAAUUACCAAAUCCCAUACAGCGUUUACUCCAAAAAUGGAUUCAUAGAUAGCAGUAGCACAGAAGUGUUUAAAGACGUCACAGCAAUAUACGCACCACAUUCAAUACCUAGAAGUAAAAAGAAGAGGAAAUCCGAAGAGAAGUUCAGAUCACCAAAUAUCUGCAUCGCCAAAAACGAACUAGGCGGACCAACUAAUUGUAAUUGUAAUAGACAUUUCACUUUGAACGUGCCAGACCUGAGGAAGAAUGAAGUGACAACAAUUCUCUGAUUCUAGAUAGAAAUUUUGAAUUGAAUGCUUCCAGUUACAACUAUUCAGUUCAUUUUAUACCAAAUGAUGGUAGCGCUCUUGAACAUGAAGACAUGGUUGUGAAUCAAAGUGAAUAAUUUGCUUGUAGUAAACAGUUGCCAAAACUAUUUAUAAGGAUGCGCCUACAUUCUGAUACCAGUAAGUAGAAUCUCAAAUAGGUAGUAAAUACAAUAUCGCUUUAGAAACUAGGGUUUUGAAAGAGAAGUUGCGAGGUUUGGUAACGAUAGAAUGUGAUAAGCAAAGCCAUGAAGAGUUUACGCGUACAACGAAGGUGUUGCCUAGUCGUCUAAUUUAUUGUUAUGAUAAUCAUAUGAAUCAAUAAAGUGUUCAUACUUUAUACCA